ACGACUUUAGUAAAAUAUUGUCAGAGAAAUACCAAUAAAAGCAUAUUGUGGCAUCGUAAUAACUUCAGAAGUCAGAUAAAUAAUCCAACAACGACCUACAAUAUUUGAAAAAAACUGACAUUGUUGCACUACUGAAUCGCAGUUGUCAGACGUUGAGGGUGACGUCACCGUCAUUGAAGCCUGUACAUCGUAAAAUUCGAAAAUGGAAAAAUUUUGUACGCUAACACACUAACAGAAAAAGAUGAAUUGGAUGCCGCCAUUAGAAUAGUUAAGAAGAAAAAGAUGUUGACGGAAUUAACAGAAAACUUAAAUAAUUCGGACAACAAUUCUAGAAACGACGUUAGAGAUAUUCUGUGCAGCAUUGUUCCGUUUGCUAAAUCGGAGACGUACGAUGUGCAUAAGUGGAAGAUAUCAACAGUCAGUGACAGAAAUCAUCCCAUUAUUGAAGUCAACAGUGUAUCUUCCACGCAAGCUUUCUGUCAUGGGAUAUAUACUUCAGAUGCAGGAAAUCGCAUCACGUGCUACCAUUGAUGAGAAGCAGACUGUUAAGAUGAUAAUAGAUGGCAUGCAGGACAAUUCACCUAGUAUUGCUAAAUUAUAUUCUGCCCAAACAAUUAACGACCUCAAGGAUCUGUCGCAUAGGUUUAGUCACUAUGCUUCUUCAUGUAAUGAGCCCAUACGUGCAGAGGGCUCAUGUUUGCGUUGUGUAACCAGCAACCCACAGAUGAGCGAUGACGAGCAUCUAGCUGUACCGAUAACAAAGAAGGUAGGAGACACCGGAAGUUCCAUUAACCUUAUUCGACGCUCUACUGUGCCCAAUAAGAGAAGUACCACAAAAAUUUCGUGGUAUUAAUGGAUCUCAAUUAUUAACAUUUGGAAAAAUUGAUCUUUACGUGAAGUUUGAUAAAAUGAUAAAAAUUCAUUGUUUUACGUUGUCCCAGAUAACUAAAAUU